UAAAUAAACGAUUCGCUCUAAGCCGAAACGAUCCUGAAAUAAUAAAAACGUGGAGUUCUUUUCUAGAGAUAGUUGGAGCGAGUAGAUUAGAAGGAAGGAUAAACCGUGUGCAAACGCGCCCGAAUGAAUUUUUAAUGAAAAACGAAUCCAAAGUUCGCGGCUGUUCAAAAAAGUGGACUGAAAAAAAAAACACGAGGAUUCUUGAAACAGAUAGCAGAAAGAUCACGUAUACGUAUAUCCAUGUAUCGUUCUACUAAAUUCUACUGGAAGUGGAUACACUUAUAUUAGUUAUAAAAAAAAAAAGAAAAAAAAAAUAGAAAAAUCAUUCUAGCUUGGGUAGGAACGUGCAAAAAAGUAUCGUCUACUUGCACCGCGAAAGGGAAUUCCAUUUUGAGUGUGACACGAAAUCGAUAUUUCCUCUUAGUCUUAUUUACUAACACUCACGAGGGUAAAUUAACACUCGUCUUUGGUUCGUGGACGCACGUACUCAACCGAAUACACUAACAAUAAAGAAAUUUACUGUUUAACACCACGUAAACGAACAAAGCAAAUACCGACCCUUUUAUUCUAUUAUACUAAUAACGCAAUGAUGCUAUCCAUUUAACUUCAUAUUCAAAAUUUUAAUGCAUAUUCCUUAUCCUCCUCUGAUUCAUUAUUUCUUUCUUUCCGCAAAAUUUCUCUUAAAUCUUCAUUAGGAUUUAUGAUAAUAGAAAGAAGAUUUAAAAAUUGAAUAACUUAUUCGAUAAUUCUCUUAUCAUUAAUCGAUUGGCGAUCGAUGAUUAAAAGGAUCAACAAAAUCUGUUUAGAUGCGGGACAUAUUCCAGACCCUCGCAUAAGAAGGAAAGACUACGCCCUCAAACACGGGAGUCGAGUGUUCUCUCUCUCUCUCUCUCUCUCUCUUUCUCUCUCUCUCUUCGGUUCACUCACUUCUUCCUACACGAUCCAGGAUCCGCGUAAUCGGGUGUACCAUGAUAUGCCAGAAACUCACCCCACAUUCAUUCCACCGUUGCGCACUCGUUUUCGUCUCUCCCUUCGUCCGAAACACAUGGAGGAGAGCAGGCGAAAAAGAGAGAGAGAGAGAGAGAGAGAGAGAGAGAGAGAGAGAGAAAGAGAAAGUGAGAGAGAGAAAGGGAAUGGGCGGGAGGGAAAAAGCAAGAGCGAGACGAAGAUAGGUCGCUCGGCACGCGGCGAAGCGGAACGCGCGUAUUUCGAAGCUCCUCGGUUGAGCGUGCGCGCGAGUAUGUGCGCGUCUUACCAUCUGUAGCCGUAUAUUAAAGUUGGGACAACGAUGGGAUGACGUUGGGACGCGCGGAGAUUGGAAAUAUAUCAAAGGAGGAUAGAUAGAUCGAUUAUUACGAAAAGUUUUAUUUAAUUUUCCACAAUGACGCUCUGAAAAUUCUGAAAUCGUCGUUCUUAAUGAUAUAUUAAUUUUUUAUGCUUUUUGUUUUCUUUUUUUUUUUUUUUUUCUUUUUUUCAAAGAAAUAUCAUCGAUAACAAAAGCAAGCAAAAGUUUCGUGCCAGUCGUUGCCGUUGCGACAAGGAGAAUCUUUUAAAGAGAAAGAGUAAGAAAGAUAUCAUCGUCAAUAGUACUUUCGCUUUUCGAAUUAUCGAGAAAAAAAUAUCGAAAUUGAAUUAUUAAAGAAUAUCGAUUACGGUUUCCGCGAUCUGAAGCCUUCGUUCUUUGCCAAGAAGAGACGCUUCAGGAAUACUUCGGAAUUUCGGCCACGCGUUUUCCGCGAGGGCGGAAAUUUGAAAUGAUUUAUCGUCAUCCUUCGUCUAUCGAAAUUUGCCAACUUUUCCUACCGUUAGACCAAUGACAAAAUAGUUCAAGAUUUAUCGUGAACCCUUCGUAAGAGAUAUAAAUAAGUGACGUUUCGAUGCUUUCUCAGUAGUACGAGAACGGUGACAAGACAGAAGUAAUCCGUUUGUUUAACGAUCACAGAUAUUCAAGGAAAUUCUAUUGAGAGAAAUUUUUGAAAGUUCAAUGUUCGGUCGAUCAAAGAGGAUGAAAGACGAGUAAGCAAAAGCCUUAUAGAACAGUGACAAAUGUAAAUAGAAGGGUAGAAUUUGCUUGAAGAUUUAGCCACCUGAUCGUUGAAUCUAAAUCGAACGAUCCGUCGUACGAAAAAAAGGAAAACUAUCGCUAAGAAUAACGCGUAGAGGCGCGAAAAAGAAACAAAUAAAAAUAAAAAGUUAAUCCGUCUUGGAGAUACGGGAUCAAAGUUGAGAUUCUUGUAAGAGAGGGUGGACGCGAAAGAAGAAGAAGAAAAGGACAGGAAUGAAGAGGAAUAAAAAAGAGGAGGAAGACACGGAGGAAGACGAAUAAAAAGAAAAGAAUAAACUCUCCAAAGAAGAAAGGGAGAAAGAAAGGGACAUUCGGCGUCUCGACGUCUCCGACGACGGGACAAGUAUUGACCGAGUCAAAGGAAAUAUCGGCGUGUUGUGAGGGAGAAGCGAAAGGGUUGCCGAACGGGAGUUAGUGCGAGAGAGGAAACAGGAAGGGGACAAAGAGAGGUCCGUUGCUCCGACAAAAAGUGCGACCGGCUCGUUUUGUUAAUCAAAAAGAUUCCACGAGCCGGCCGCGACGUGUCCGGCGUAAUAACGAGCACGUGUGAGCGAACGAGCUAGUGUCCUAGCCUCUUUGUGAGAAAAGGCUCGUGAGGAUUGUAAAAAAGAGAAAGCUGAAUGAACAGUUCAUUGGGAAUGUCUUAAUUUCCACGAUUCCCUUGCAUUUAUUUCUUCGAAAUAUAGAACUACUUUUCUAGUAGUUGGGCGAACGAAUAUCGAGAUUUUUCGUUUCUUAAAUCGUUCUUGCAACUUUGAGAACGUUUUUAACGGAAUGAUUCGAAAGAACGCGAUAUCUUGUGUUAAAAAAGAAAAAUAAUAAAAGAUACGACGACGACGACGCGACAUAAUUGAGAAUGAGAGGAAAAUCUUACGAAAGGAACGAGAGCUCGCGAUCGAUCCUGUCGACCGCGGUGCAUCCGUUCGAGAAUCGAGCACGUCCGGAGUUUUUCAAGGAGAAAGCUUCCCGUUGAUUCGUUCUCGAGCUUGCAACUCGAAUGUUCAUCGAUCGAAUGAGGAGAAACUGUUUUGGGGGCGGUGUUUCGCACGUCGGCAAGAACACCUGAGCUCGAUUCGAGAUGCGCUCCGCGAUCGGAUGUAGUAUCUUUCCAACGAGUUUGCUGAUGUUGCUGACAUUGCUUAAAACACGAACGAGCGAAGCGACUCCUAUGCCAGAGGAAAAUCUCUUUCAAAACAAAGUACCUGUCAAAUUGAUAUGGGCCAACGAGGGAGAUGACGUCGAAUUACCAUGUGACAUAACGCCUCCAACUCCUACAGAUUCCGUUAAUAUGGUACUCUGGUUUAGAGAUAGUGCCGGGAUACCUCUUUACAGCCUAGACGCUAGAAGCGGUAAUUUAAGUGCUGCAAUUCAUUGGGCCGACGGCGAUGACCUUGGAAGGCGUACUUAUUUUCAAAUGGGCGACGGUCAACGAUCAAAAUUGAAGAUCACCAAAGUCACAUAUAAGGAUCAGGGUUUAUUCAGAUGUAGAGUUGAUUUCGUCGAUUCCCCAACAAGGAAUUUCAGAGCGAACCUCACCCUCGUCGAGAAACCGACGAAACCAGUGAUAUAUGAUGCCCAGGGACGCGAGGUAACAGGCAUAGGCGGCCCUUUUCUCGAGGGCUAUGGUCUUCUUUUGACCUGCCAAGUGUCAGGAGGAAGACCAAAACCUUCCGUAACGUGGUGGAAGGACGGUGAGCUACUUGAUGCUGUAGAUGACACUCCCACAAUUGGCUCGUUGAGCAAGUUCACAAUAAAUCAUCUUUUCAUUGGCAAAGUUACGCGGGCAUUAUGGGGCACAAAACUUGAAUGUAGAGCUCAGUCUGCCCCAAUGGCGAAACCUAUUAUUCGAGAAGUACCUCUUGAUAUUUAUCUUAAACCGGCCGUGGUGAAAAUCAUUUUGAGCGACGAAGAAAUGUACGCCGGUCGUCCGAUCGCUGCAAAAUGCGAAACUUGGGGUAGUUCUCCAGCUGCCAGAAUUAUUUGGAGAUUAGGCGACGAAGUGAUCGGUGAUCCUAUUGUUUCCAUUACACAGAGAAGUAAUUCCACCGUUAGUAAGAUCGUUCUUGCUCUCGGAAAAAAUGACGAUGGCAAAGAACUUGCUUGCAAAGCCGAAAAUCCUAGAUUUCCUGGUGGCGUUCUCGAAGAAACAAAAUCUCUUCGCGUUCUUUACGCACCGGUUUUAACGGCUCACCUGGCAACAGGAUAUAUUCUAAAUACAUUGAGAGAAGGGGAUGAUCUGAAAUUGGUCUGCGACGUUCAGAGCAAUCCACCGCCGACAAAGGUCAUUUGGUAUCACGACGAUAUACGAUUAGAGCAUGACGUGAGCGCCGGUAUUUUGGUAUCCUCCAAUACGCUCACUCUUCGUGUUCUCACUCUCGACCACUCUGGUGAAUACUCUUGCGAAGCUACAAACUUUGUUGGACAAGGACGUAGUCUGCCUCUUCUUAUUCACAUGAAGUAUGCUCCAAGAUGUAGAGAGGGUUAUGAGAGGCGAGAAAUAGCGGCUGUUCGACACGAAACGGUGACCUUGAGAUGCGAAAUCGAAGCAGUUCCAGACGAGUUGAUUCGAUUUUCCUGGAGCUUCAACGGAACGCGAGGCGACGUCCUACCGUUACCAAAUUCAAGAGUUCGGGAUAAUGGCCUCGUUAGUUUACUGGAUUAUACUCCUAGUGCGGAUACUGAUUACGGUACUCUCGCUUGUUGGGCUAGUAACAGCAUAGGAAGGCAAAGGUUACCAUGUUUGUUCAACGUAGUACCGGCAAAAACACCACAAGCACCGAUAGAUUGUUCGUUACGCAACGAAAGUAGUUCCUUAGAAGUAAAUUGUAUUCCUGGUUCGGAUGGUGGUUCACCGCAGCACUUCCUGCUGGAGGUUCGUGGUCCCUUUGGUAGUUCUGGCAUCGUACAGGUCAUUCCACAAACCCUUCAAACACCCCAAAGCGAUCAAGGUGCAGUGAGCGAAGCACCGCCUAUAUAUCAAGAAAGAAAUCCAAGUCCUACUUUUCGACUUCACGAUCUCAAGCCAGGCUAUGAUUAUACUAUUUACGUAUAUGCCGUCAAUGGACGUGGAAGAAGCGAGCCCACUCUUCUUAAACAUGUACAAGUUGCUGAACCAAUCGGUGGAAAGCUCGAAAGUACUGGGAUUUUUCUCGAAGAUUUGAAGAAAGCCAUUCCUCAAGUCGAUUCGCAAAGCAUGAUCAUCGUAAUGGCUUUGAUAGGUGCAGCGGCAUUGAUUUUGGUAGGCAUCGGUAUAGUGAUUGGUUUGGCAAUUUGCAAAAGAAGAUCCAACAGGCCCGUUGUUUCGAGUCCUGAUGAUUUUACUACACCAACUUAUAUACCCGCACAAAGAAUCGAACCGAGAAUUAGAUAUACGACCGACGGCAGACACUCACAAAGAAGAAGCUUGUAUGUCGAAGAAAAUCGAAAUGACCCUGAUAUUUUGCAACAAGUGGAAGUCGACUUACAAGUCUAACGGCGAAAAUUUUAAACGAGCGACGUGACUUGCUUGCGAAAGCAUAAUCGUACCACCAGUAUUUUAAUUAAGAAAAUGAAAUCUAUAAUUGUAACUUUCACAAUUUUUCCGAUUAACUCGCGAAGUAUAAACAUUAGCAUAGAUAGUAUUAUUCGCUGAAAAAAAAUAAUAGUGUACAGUAUUUCGUGACAAACGAGUAAAGCUUAACAGUAAACGUUGUCGAUAUGUUAAAUAUUUUACUUCAUAUUGUACAUUAGAUUUUAGCAUGAGAGCGCGAUAAUUAAGAUAAUAAAUAAAUUAAUAAUAAGUAGAUAAAAAAAAGAAAAGUAUAUAAAUCGCUUAGCCAAAGAUGUACGUACAUUUAUUUUUCCAUGGCUUGCGUGAUACAUGCAUAUUGUAAUUCCAAUAGUAAUUCCUACUUUCGUUGUAAUCCUAUUCUUGAUGUAAGUAACUUAUAAAACAUUAUACCUCAUUCGAGUAAAGCAAGCGGGCGCCAACUUAAGAAGCGCAUAGUAUAUUUUAAGCUUAUCAUUAAGAAAAUGCCAUUAGCGUAACAACAAGCGUAUCGUGUCGAUAAAGUUUAUCUUGCUUUUAUAUACAAACAUGUAAAUAUUUUUAAAAAAUGACAUGCGUAUCGAAGAAAAUUAAAUGAAAAAAUAUAUUGUAAAUUAUAACAAUCCUAAAAAAAAAAACAGUGUUCCUGUUAAAAAUUAAAUCCUUAUAUCCUGUAUUAUUUUCGAAGAAAAUUCGAAACAAAACCGACGACUAAUUUGAAGAUUUCUCCAUCGAGUUUACGCUAUUCCAAGAAAUCGAAUGAACUAUAUCAAAUUAGUUAGCAAAAUAACUAUGUAUAGUUAUAUAUUUAAUUUAACUAAUAUCGAACCAAGUUAUAGUUUAUGAAUGGAAAAAUCAAUAAGUGGAAAAUACUCGAUAAAAAUCGUUGAAUCAAUUGCAUUCGAGUAUUUUUGAUCACGUCAAUUAUUUUGAAUAUUGCAAUCAAUUUACAUGUAUGUAGAUUGAACAUACAUAUAUAUCCGAAUACGUAGUAUGGAUCAUAUGGAUUCUGAAAAGCGUUCAUUCAAAUUUGCGGCGACCAUCCGACUUGCUUGCAUUCUGUCGAAACUUUUUACAAUAAUUUCGUGGACGAAUCUGCUUUACAUUCAUGGUCAUUCGCCGAACGUUUUCCACCAAGACCAGUCCAACAGUCCAUUAACGUAAACCUCAUCAACGUCAGAAUAAUCAUAUCACAAAACAGGACAGAUAUUCCAUUUCCACAAAUUAGCACUCGCGCAUGGUUAUGAAUCGGAGAAUAAAUAUCAUUAGUGACGUCAGUAAUAUUUUUGCUAAUGGCGCUUUGCGUCUGGCAAUAAUUUUUCAUUAUGAAUAUCUUUCAAAAUUCGCUAACCAGAAUCUGAAAAAUGAUUGGGUGACAACCAUGAGAGAAAACUCCUCGAAAUAA